AUGAAAUUUCUGAAGGAUGCGCAUGUAAUAGCAGAUGCCGCCACAAAAUGGCCUCAACUCGGUACAGAUGCAUCAGAUCUUUAUUUUGGUCCAGGCACCGAUGAUCCUAGUUUCGGCUACGUAGAUAACAUCGUCGAAAACUUGAAAGCCGCCAGAGACUGGGGAAAAGAUGAAUGGGGAUUCGACCCCUAUAUCAGCCUUACUUGCAGCGACCCCUACAAUGUGUGUAAUAAAAACGUCGACGGCGAUCCGAGGCCUAUUGCCUGCUAUGUCAACAAUACUUCCACCUGGUAUGGGGGAACGUGGUCUCAGAUUAGUUGCUGUGGGUCUUACUUCACGACGCCCACCAAUGACGAGAUCUUCCAACAAAACAAGGGCAAGGAUAAGGACAGUCUGUCGCUGAUCACUGGCAAGCGGCCACAUAUCGUUGAUGCAAGAUUCGACCCCCAAAAUGGCGCGAACAGACGCAUUUACGGCCCUAAAGACUGCGCUCUAGCAGCUAGAUUGGAAGGACCCAAGACGACGACAACCAACGCAGACAGCUACGCGACAUUCGCCCUUGCCAUGUACUGGAAGGACAUCUUCCAGGGCAAGGUGCCUCAACCUGCCGUUGAUGGUGCCGAGGCGCCCGCCGGUUACGUCGACCUGAUCUCAGACCACGAUCUCAAUUACAAGGAGAUACCUGUGGGCACUGCAGCGGAUCAGACGACGCUGACCUGCGCGGGGACUCCUGCAGAUAAGCCCUCCACAACCCAGCCUUGGGCCCAGAACAAGAUCAACGAAUACUGCGAUCACAUCACUGGCAAUAACCCUGCUCCUUGGGUCGUCAACUCGGGAACGAACCAGUAUGGACCCAUGGGGUACGCCGCGGGCAACGCUGCGCCAGAUUCAGACAACGACCUGUGGAUAUCUGUCGUGUUCGACUUCUCAUGUUCCAAGGACGCAAGCUAUAAGGUCGACGUGGACCAGUGCAAGACCUUGCUAAGCAUGGCUUUGAAUGGUUGCAAUACCGACACCACGACUAAGAAGUAUGGAGGUCAAAUACAGGCCAAUUGCGCGUUGUGGAACAUUACCACGAAGGCAGGCCACGACUCAACGCCACCGAACGGUUACCCUGGGUUGCCAGCCUAA